CUUAGCAAAUCUAUAGACAGUCACUAUAAGCAGGAUUAAUGGACAACAAACUGUAUAAAUGUAGAUAAAAGUAAAUAGCAAUAAAUAGUGAGCACAAAAUAACAAGAUAAAAGCAUCCUUAAAGUGAGUCCAUCAGCUGUGGGAACACCAGAAAAAGAAUGAGUGUAGUUAUCCCUUUUGUUCAAGAGCCUGAUGUUUGAAGGUGUGGUGAACUAUGUGCCUGUCGGGACACGCCCCUGCUGACUGCUCCUGUGGCUCCUCCCACAGACCCCUGUAUAAAGGAGACCUGCGGCCUGAAGCUCGGCCUCAGUCUCCAAGACCUUGUAUGAUAGACACUCACUCCUGGUUCCUUCUUCCAGUCAAUAAAAGCCGAUAUCUCGCCUACGUCUCAGUGUGAGUUAUUGAUGGUGCAUCAAUUUUAUUGACUGGAAGUUUUAAAACAUGGAACCCGUUUUGCGUCCGGACCGGUUGGAUUUGGACCCUCAAGACCCUGACGCAGCUCUCGCUUUUGAACACUGGCUUGCAUGCUUCCAAUCGUACUUGGCGGAGCUUCGUGCGACUGAACCCGCCGUUAUGCACAGAAUCCUACUCUCGAGGGUCUCCUCCAAAGUUUACUCCUUUAUCCGGGACCUGCCGACCUACGAAGGGGCACUGGACGCCCUCAAACGACAGUACCUGCGGCCGGUGAACACCGUCUACGCAAGACAUCGUUUAGCUACCCGGCAACAGCGGCCUGGCGAAUCGUGCGCUGAGUUUCUCCGAGCACUACAGACACUCGUCCGAGCUUGCGACUGCAAGACGCUCACGGCAGAACAGCAUGCGGAGCUGCUGGUGCGAGACGCCUUUGUGACGGGACUGAGGUCAGUGUACAUGCGCCAGCGACUGCUGGAGAACUCAGAUCUUACCUUAAGCUCGGCGAUCGAGACAGCCAAUGCUCUAGAAGCUGCUUUGCAUAACGCCGACGCUGUCCAGUCGCGCGAUUCUUUGUCGGCAUCAGCAUGCCCCGCCCCCAACCCUCCGAUGCUGACCGGGUACCCCGACGGCGAUCCAACUCUGGCCACUGUGACUCUCGACCAAAGCGCCCCACACCAGCUUGCAAGGUCCAUGAUGGACAUCCAGGUGGAGGGGCACUGGACUGGAUGCCUGUUUGACACGGGCAGCACUGGGAGUUUUAUUCACCCGGACACAGUGCAACGCUGCGUACUUGCAACGCGGCCGGUCAGUCGGAGGUUCCAUUUGGCCUCUGGGUCGCAGUCCGCAGACAUCCGGGCAGGUUGUGUAGCGACUUUGGUGGUGCAAGGCACAGAAUAUCGGGACUUUGAACUGCUGGUCAUGCCUAAUCUGUGCGCACCUGUGCUAUUGGGGCUGGACUUCCAGAGCCAUCUCGAAAGUGUGACUAUGGUAUACGACGGGCCCCUUCCACCACUCACUGUCAAGAAUCCUCAGUUUUGUGGGACUUCUUCACAUACCCCGCUACUGACCACACACACACACGGACACACACAUCCCAUCCAGAACCAGGCCAACAGCUGCGCUACCGACACUUGCAGCCUCUCCACUCUCAAGAUCCCUCCCCCACCGCUGUUCGCCAACCUGACCCCCGACUGUAAACCUGUGGCAACCAAAAGCAGGAGGUACAGCGCGGGGGACCGGGCCUUCAUUCAGUCAGAGGUGCAGCGGCUGCUCAGGGAGGGGAUCAUUGAGCCGAGCACAAGCCCUUGGAGGGCCCAGGUAGUUGUUGUUCGGACUGGGCAGAAAGAUAGGAUGGUGGUGGACUAUAGUCAAACCAUCAAUAGGUUUACGCAGCUUGACGCAUACCCCCUACCCCGCAUCGCGGAUAUGGUCAACCAGAUUGCUCAGUAUAAGGUGUACUCGACAAUAGAUCUGAAAUCCGCUUAUCACCAGCUCCCCAUCUGCCCAGAGGACCGCCCCUACACCGCCUUCGAGGCGGGCGGCCGGCUCUAUCACUUCCUGCGCGUCCCUUUCGGUGUCACGAAUGGUGUCUCUGUCUUCCAGAGGGAAAUGGACCGGAUGGUGGACCAGUACCAACUGCAGGCCACAUUUCCCUAUCUGGAUAACAUCACCAUCUGUGGUCAUGACAGGCCAGAUCACGACGCCAACCUCCAACGGUUUCUCCAAGUGGCCGCAGCUCUGAACCUUACUUAUAACAGGGACAAGUGUGUUUUUGGUACCACCCGCCUUGCUAUACUUGGGUAUGUCGUGGAAAACGGGGUUAUUGGGCCUGAUCCCGAACGUAUGCGCCCCCUGUUAGAGCUGCCUCUUCCCACCACUCUCAAGGCCCUCAGACGGUGCCUGGGGUUUUUUUCCUAUUACGCCCAAUGGGUCCCCCAUUACGCAGACAAGGCUCGCCCCCUGGUCAAGUCUACCUCGUUUCCCCUCUCUGCUGAGGCCUGCGCGGCCUUCAACUGCAUUAAAGCGGACAUUGCCAAAGCUACAAUGCAUGCAGUGGACGAGACCGCUCCCUUCCAAGUGGAGUGUGAUGCCUCCGAUUUCGCUCUGGCUGCUACCCUUAAUCAGGAAGGCAGACCAGUAGCAUUCUUUUCUCGCACCCUCCAAGGCUCUGAAAUUCGGCACUCCGCGGUGGAGAAAGAAGCCCAGGCCAUAGUGGAGGCUGUUAGGCACUGGAGGCACUAUCUUGCUGACAAAAGAUUCACCGUGCUGACCGACCAGCGCUCGGUUGCGUUCCUGUUCAGCAACCAACAGCGGGGCAAGAUCAAAAAUGAUAAGAUUUUGCGGUGGAGGAUAGAACUCUCCACCUACACCUAUGAUAUCCUGUACCGGCCUGGCAGACUCAAUGAGCCCCCUGAUGCCCUAUCCCGGGGAACAUGUGCUAGCACACAGCUCGACCAGCUGUACGCCCUUCAUGCACAACUUUGCCAUCCGGGGGUCACCCGAUUUUACCAUUUUGUGAAAGCUCGGAACCUGCCGUACUCCCUGGAGGACAUCAGGACGAUGACCAGGGACUGCCAAAUUUGCGCCGAGUGCAAACCGCACUUCUACUGUCCUGACACGGCACAACUUGUCAAGGCCACCCGCCCUUUUGAACGCCUGAGUGUUGACUUUAAGGGCCCCCUUCCCUCCACUGACCGCAAUGUCUAUUUUCUCAGUGUUAUUGACGAGUUCUCACGGUUCCCCUUUGCCAUCCCCUGCCCCGACACCACUGCCACGUCCGUCAUAAAAGCCCUGCGCCAGCUCUUCACUCUGUUCGGGUAUCCCUGCUAUAUCCACAGUGAUAGAGGGUCCUCCUUUAUGAGUGAGGAGCUGCGCCAGUACUUGCUAGCUAGGGGCAUUGCUACCAGUCGGACCACGAGUUAUAAUCCCCGGGGUAAUGGCCAGGUGGAGCGGGAGAAUGCCACAGUGUGGAAGGCCACACUUUUAGCCCUUAAGUCAAAAGGGUUGCCGGUCUCUCGAUGGCAGGAGGUCCUCCCUGAGGCACUGCACUCUAUCCGCUCUCUGUUAUGUACGUCCACCAAUGCCACCCCUCACGAACGCCUAUUCUCUUUUCCCAGGAAGUCUGUCACUGGGACCACCCUACCAGUUUGGCUGACGUCCCCGGGGCCAGUGCUGCUCCGGAAACAUGUGAGGAGCAAUAAAUACUCCCCGCUGGUGGAGAGGGUUCACCUUCUACAUGCGAACCCCCAGUAUGCUUACGUGGUCUUACCUGAUGGGCGGGAGGACACGGUCUCCAUCCGCGACCUGGCACCCGCAGGUGCAGCAGACCACUACCCUGAAGGCUCUCCGGUGACUGUGAACCCUGCACCAGAGUUGACACCGUGCUCACCAGGCCCUACACAGACUCCUCACGACACUUGUAUACCGGGCGUUUCGUACGCAUUUAUACCAGGCGCCUCGCACAUGCGUGAGGGAUCACCGGCGCCUAGUGGGCAAGAACACGCGCAACCCCCGUCCCCUGUGCAAUCGCCAAUGUUGCCGGCACCUAUGCGGUCACAGCCGGUGCUACGUAGAUCGCAGCGACAGAUUCGACCGCCUGAUCGGCUUGACUUGUAAGAACCUUCGCUACAUGAGGACUUUUUCAAACGAAGGGGGGGUGAAUGUGGUGAACUAUGUGCCUGUCGGGACACGCCCCUGCUGACUGCUCCUGUGGCUCCUCCCACAGGCCCCUGUAUAAAGGAGACCUGCGGCCUGAAGCUCGGCCUCAGUCUCCAAGACCUUGUAUGAUAGACACUCACUCCUGGUUCCUUCUUCCAGUCAAUAAAAGCCGAUAUCUCGCCUACGUCUCAGUGUGAGUUAUUGAUGGUG